AAAUAGGUAUUUAAACGAUCGCAGUUUGCAAUAUUCGAUGAUUUCCUCGUUAGUCAUUUUCAAAGUACGAGUGCAUACAAGUAUACCUACGAGUACGAGUAAAACUGACGUUACACACGUUUUCAUUGUUCAUUCGAGUUGAUAUACCUGUGUUUUUAAAAUUUUUAUUCAAUUAUGAAUCUCGUUAAUUUUAUUCUUAUAUUCGUGGCGUUUUCAGCAACAGCAUUGGCUUCUCCUCGAGAACGAAAAAAUUAUGAAAAUAGGGGACGAUCUGGCGGUGUAAGUACCGUCGAUGUCAAUUCGCCCGAAAUCAUUAGAUUGGCGGAAAAAGUGAUGAAUACAUUGAACUCAAAUCAAAGAAUUAAACGUAUCUUGAAUGCAAAACAACAAGUGGUAGCUGGGACGUUGACCACUUUGGAUUUGGAAGUUUGUCCAGCUGGCAAUAAUGCCGGAUGUAAAUUUUGUAGAGCCAAAGUUUGGGAGAAACCAUGGGAAAACUUUUUCCAAGUAACCGAGUUUACAUGCAGGCAAUAAAAAUAGAAGAAUGAAAGCUAUGUAAAAAAAAUUGGCCAUAAAAUAAAUUGAAAAAUCAAACCUCUA